UGGAUGGAGAUGCAGACCCAGAGACCCGCAGUGCUCCGUACAGCAGGACCGGACCGUGGCUCUGUGCUGAACCUGGUGCUUUUGGGCAGAAGAUUGGCAGGGAAGAGCUCGGCUGGGAACACCAUCCUGGGCAGGAGAGAGUUUGAGAGCGGGAAGAAGACCGUGCGCUGCGCAGAGAGAUGGGGCACGGUGGCCCGGAGGAGGGUCGCGGUGGCCGACACUCCGGGCUGGAGUCAGUACGGGCUGGCCAAUCGGGAGCGAGUGAGGGCGGAGAUCGUGCGAAGCGCUUCCCUGCACCCGCGUGAGCCCCAGACUUUCCUCCUCACCAUCCCGGUGGACGCCUUCACGGAGAAGAACCGGGCGGCGGCAGAGGAACACCUCGGUCUCCUGGGAGAGCGCGCAUGGGGGCGCACGUUAGUGCUGUUCACUUGGGGGGACAAGCUGAAGGGGAGGGGCGUCGUGCAGCACAUCCAAAAAACGGGCGUGGCCCUCAGCGGCCUGCUGGAGAAGUGUGGCAACAGGUAUCACGUCUUCGACAACAAAGACAGAGCCAAUGAAUCUCAAGUCAUAGAGCUGCUGGAGACGGUUGAGCGCAUGUGAAGAGGCCUUUAUUCUCAUGUACCUUAUGUUUUGUUUCUUGAAUAUUAUGAUUUAGGCUGAUAUGUGAUUAUGUAUGUCUGGUAUGCUUGUACAAAUAGGUUUGUUUGAGUAACUGAUUGUGUCGUUGAGUCAAAAAUGUCCGCAAUAAAUACUGUAAAUAUUGUAAAUACACUCACUUGUAAUGCAUGAUUAAACCUCAGUUGACUAUUAUUAUUAUCACUAUUAUUAUCGCGUUUUGUCUGUGAUUAUUUACAUUCUUGCCUGAUCCCGAUUGAUAAAAAUAAAACAUUUUCUGUCUGGCAAGCUCUUGGGUAAACGUGAGUUUAAAGGUUUUUUCUCCUGUACCCUCAUGAAUCCUUUGUGCCCCCUGAGUCCGGCACAAAGAACCUACGGGCAUGUUAUUGAAGUCACAACAGAAAAGCAUUUUAGCGAAUGACAUUAGCUUUCCACCGGUGUAUAGUUCGUUAUGCUUGCAUAAAAGAACACAGCACUUUUUUCAUCUGCGUAACGAAACCGUAGCAUUUUCAAUACUCACGCAGAGACUGUUCUUAUGCCAGAAAAGGUUGAGGUUUUACAACAUAAAAUGUUGACAGUCGAAAUAUUGUAUUAUUAUU